UUUAUAUGUCACUUAAACAGAUGUCAAAGUGAAUGUCUAUCGUGUCUCAGAUUAUCGAACAUCUUCAAAAAAAAAAAAAAAAAAAAAAAUUCGACAUAAAAAGAGAAGGAAGGAAUCUCUCAGCUCUCCUCGGUCAAAGGUCGCGGAGUUGCCGGUCAAAACUGAACCGGCUCAAGUUAGAAAGUGUCAGUUUCGGUUCUAUCCACCAGGCAGCGUUGCGUUCGCUCGUAUAAGUGAUGGCUAAUCUGUUUGCGUUGAUAAUAGUAUAACAGAAUGCCGUCUGCUCGUUCGGUUAUGGCUACUAACUUAGCCGGCGAACUAAUGAGGUUCAGGCGCGGUGGUAAGCAGCUGCGACGAAUUUUGAAAGAGACGAAACAGGUGCACGAAAGCAUCAAGAAAAAAGGAUGUUAUGGAGAAGAACAACUGGAAAAGUUUGCUCUCAAGCCAGAGGACGAAACAGCUGUGUGGAACAUUAUCGAACAGCCCGUGGGAUUCGUAGUACUAGGAAGUUGUUGUUGGGCACGUGCCACUAUCGUCAACGGUUUGAUGGAACGGACAGUGCUGCCUAUUGUUCCUUUUGGGGAAAACAAUCAUCACUGGAGAAUGGUGAGAUUCAGUUAUGGGAAAGUACCGAGGGCAAAGCUUGUUCUCCCUAGCGGUUACGAAAUAUUAGAGCAGUUAGAAUUCAAUGAAAAACAGUUGACCGCCGUUCCUUUGACAGAUCUAGAGUUAAAACCCAACGCGUGUCUCGAAUUAUCUGAAGAUCCAGCAUUGACUGGUGGAGGUCUAGAGAUCAACCUGUCACACCCUCUGCUAUACGAUAAUGCUCAAGUGAUCAUGGCUCCUGAAAGGAACCGCACCGCUUUCAUCCAGGAGCUGAAGAAAUGCCUCGAUGGAAUCACACCCGUCCUCAUAUAUGCCAUCGGAAACAAUCUUUCAGAACAGGACAUUGCAGACUUGACAGAACUUCAUCAACUCCCAUACAAGCUUCCCAUUUUCUUCAUCUGCGUACGUCAUCCCUCACAGUCAGACCUAACAGAAUCCGGGCAGCACGCUGGAACAUCUACCUGCACCACUUCGUCCACUUCAUCCACGCCUCCACAGUCAUGUCCUCCAUCACCUACGUCUCCAAAAGCACCCCCUCGCAAUCUUCCCUUCACAUACUCGCGCCAUCCAUUGGAACAUCUUGCUCUCUUGCGGAACUGCACCGAGGUGCAUUGUGCAGAACAAUUUCCUGUAUCAGAUGUAUACCAGAAGUUAUCGGACUUAGGUUAUCUCGCAUCACCAGGUUCAAAACCUGAGUACAAAGGACCCCUGGAAGUUGGCAGUGAACUUGUCGAAGAUUUCGCAAAUUUUUCUAGUAUUCUUCUGUUCGUUUGCCAUGUCCUUCAGUCUAAACUGCUACUGGCCGCAACUCUUCUACAGGAUACACAUGCGCGAAGUCUUCAAAAUUUCAUCAUGGCAGCUUUCGACCUCUCCAGAGAUCUGAUGAUCACUCCUAAAAGAAUUCAAUACGCGAGGUUAAGAGAGGAAGCUUUAUAUAAAUCCUUGCUCGAUUUGUCUCACAACAAACAAGAUGAGAUCAAGAAUAUGAUAGUUGGUACCAUAUUCGAGAUAAAAGACGAAGUUCUACAAAAGGCAGCAAACUUCAGGUUCCAAGGUGCUGUUAUAGACGAAUACAUUCAAGAAUCCCUCACAGCUCGUGCCGUCCAUAUUUGUACUUCUGAAAUAAGAGACAUGGUCGUGGAACAUGUUAAUAAAGCAGUUUCGUCGAAAUUGGCGUCUUCUAUAGAAUGGUUACAAGAAAAAUUUACAGGAACUUUAGAACGUUGUCUACUUAGUUUGGAACAGAUGUGCUCAGAGGGAGAUGAGAACAAUAAGCAAGCGAGUGCAGCAUUAAGGCAUAUAUUAACGGCUGCUUAUCAGGUUGAAGUGUCCUUCCGCAACAGUGCAUCUAUAUUCUGGUUCUUCAUGCAAAAAAUGCAACAGCUCGCAGAAGUGCUUCCUUGGAAAUUACCGGUUGCUAUCGAUUCUCAGUGGAAAAAAGAUGUAGCACUUAGAAUGCUGACCAGCCUUAACGAAUCUCAUUUGGCACGUUCGAUAUGUCAUCAACUCCAGCAGAAAGUCCGAUCCUCUCACGAACGCUUUGUUGCAUCAUUAACACAGCUAGAAGAACGCCACCUCGACAGGCUCGAGCAAAGGGAGAAUGAAAGGAAAAAUGUCCGUUGUUUGUACGCUCCCCAAGUUGCUAAACUUUCUUUGGAAAGUUCUUCAUUCAAAGAUGCGGUUCAGUACGGCAAUCCGCCACUUGGACAAGAAUUAGGAAGAGGUCAUUUUGGAAUCGUCUAUUCAUGCAAGUCAUGGGCAGGCCAAAGUUGCCUAGCAGUCAAAAGUGUAGCUUUGCCUACCGAUAAGCACUGGUACAGUUUAGCUAUGGAAUUUUUCUACCACAAAAAUACCCCUGAACAUCCCCGGAUAGUCAGGUUAUGUGGAACAGUCAUUGAUUACAAACACGACAGACGUCCGACUGUCCUUCUAAUCAUGGAGAGACUAAGCAGGGAUUUAUAUUCCGCAUUAUGGAACGGACUUCCUUGGAUGCAGAGGUUACAAGUUGCAAUUGAUGUUAUUCAAGGGAUCCGUUACCUGCAUAGUCAAGGCUUAGUACAUCGAGAUAUUAAAUUACAUAACGUGCUGCUUGAUAAAGAAAACGGAGCCAAACUCUCUGACUUGGGCUUUUGCAAAGUGGAAGUGAUGAUGUCUGGAAGCGUAGUAGGAACUCCCAUUCAUAUGGCCCCUGAGCUUUUAACAGGUCACUACGAUAAUAGCGUUGACAUCUAUGCCUUCGGAGUUCUAUUUUGGUACCUUUGUUCUGGUCAACCUCGACUGCCUUACGUUUACGAACAGUGUUCACACAAAGAGGAUCUGUUUUCUCUCAUUAAAAGAGGCAUGAGACCUGAAAGACUUCCUUAUUUCGAUGAGGACUGCUGGGAACUUAUGAGUGAAUGUUGGCAGGGGAACCCAUCCAAACGCCCUCUUCCAGGAGAAGUUGAACGUAGACUAGAAGACAUUCAAACUAAAUUCACAGUCCAGAAGAGAUUCAUCAGAUCCGAACUCAGCUGCAACGAAAUGACGAUGUCGCAUGGAUCGGACUGUUGGUCUACGUUCGACUCAUCUAGGUCUUAUACUGUUGUUAGCGACUCAUACGCAGGCUGAAGAGAAACUUAUGUUUUAUGUUGACCUACCUCGCUUGAGUAAAUGUAUUGCAAAAACCUGUGCCAAGGACCACCCGGUCACGUAUGACACGGGAGUAAGACAUUAGGAAUGAACUUUACUAUGUGCCAAGAGGAUUCCACGAGGCUCAAAUGUUUUAGCUUAUCCACCGCAGAACCGUCUCUGAUGUUUCAUUAGUCAUUUUGUUGACUGUUUGCGAGCUUGUUCAGUAUUAUUAACAAAUUAAGGUUUACUUAUUACAUCUUACAACCAAGUUCCGUUGUACAUCAGAAGACAUUUCUUGAUCAUUAUGAGCUUGGCAAACAUAAACUUUGUCGCUUUCACAGUAUUUUUAUCAUCCAAGUUCUUGUUUGAGACAUUUAACUCGUGGCUUCUGUGUGCAAACGAUUUAGUUUUCACAUUUUCGAUAAAUCGGAAUAUAUGGUAUAAGAACGCUUGGGAAGUUUGCUUUUAUCACUGAUAUUGUUCUGAUUUGUAUACAUAUAUUUGAUUACUUUUAUCAUCUUAAUUUUUAAAAUGUUCUUUGAAUGAAUGUCUUAUAUAUGUCGUGAAAGCUAAUCAAUUGAUCAUCUCUAAGUGCUGUGUUUUCAUAUACUUUUAAUUGGAAAGUAAGUACAAAUGCACAAAAUGAAUUAUAAAUAGUUAUGGUAUACGUGAUGAUAUACAUCAUAAACGUGAUAUGACAGGAGUUUCAUAUUGAAUAAUGUUAAAUAAAUUUUAUUUUAAAGGUUUUAUCUGUGAAUGCUUUAAAAUAAUUAUGUAUAAUGAUCAUUAUUUUGUAUCUAAUGAUUUGAAAGAAAUGAAUAAAUACGUAGAAUUUGUUAACUAUUAAUUAAAUUAUCAAUGAAAUACAUAGAAUCAUUUCCUUUUUUUAAAAGUGAAAAGAAAUUUUAGUCAGGAGGGUAUAAUGUAGGUUUGCUGAAAGGACAGCUUUAAAAUUAAAGUAAUUUAGUAAUUGCGACAGUAUUACUUGGUGCAUAGGAGUUUUCAGUUGAACGUGGAAAGAAUUCUGAAACCUUGAAAUAUGCAGAUUACAACACGGGAAAAUUGCUCAUAAAUAAAUUAUUGAUUAUUGCACUUUCUACAUAUUAAGUGUGAUAUCGUCAAACAUUCUAGUGCAUUUGUAAUAAUGUAUUUUUAUGUAAGUUUAUUAAAUAUUUUAAGACUUGAAGACAUGAAUUCUACUGCUUUACUUAUAUUAUCCCUAGUUCUCAAAAAUGGAUGUAAGAAUGUGUUUCUUAUGAAACAAAAUGGAAUAAUAUAAAUUAUUCAAUGCUCAGGUUUGGUGAACAUUCAGUGCUCAAUAUGAAUGGAGAAAGAAGCCCCUUAAUUUACAGUACUUAAUAGCGUAUAAAACUAAAUAUUUGCAGUACCUGAUCGUAAUUUUUAUAAAUUCAAUAUUCGAAUCUAUAAUUCGUGAUAUUUACAUUACUUCAAUAUACUUGAACUUGGAAAAUUUGGAUUCACUUAUAAUUUAAUGAUAAUAUAUUAUUCAGAAUUAAAUACUCCAGAGUAUUUUUCGUAUUUAUAAUUCAUUUAUGCACUCGAAGCCCACUUAUCUUUAUAACUAUUUUUUACAGAAUAUAAGCAGUUGCAGCAAAAUGAGCUAUCGGUUUUCAUUUGAAAAUAAAUCAUAUGCUUAUAAAUGUUCACGCAACUUCAUUGUCACCGUGUGUUUUUACAACCCAUUAAUUUUUUUUUUUUUUUUUUUUUUUUUUUUUUUUUUUUUUUUUUUUACCAUUUUACAUUUUAUGUGUAUAUUGUAUGUCUCAUAGGAUUGUUAGCUUCUUAAAAGCUUUAAUGUAUUUAUUAGCAAUUGAAGUUGGCAAUGCUAUAAAACGAUCACCUGCUGGACAGAUUUGUAAUGAUUAUUUUUAAUAAAUUUUUUUUCCUCA